UUUUAUGUUUUUGGAGGUGAGAUUUUAGCUAUUGAGCCUCGAACAGAUCAUCAAUUCAACACCAAUCCCAUUGUCCAUUGUCCAAAUCGAACAAGACCCUUUUCUCUUCGAAUACCUCCAAAUCCCACCCUCCCUCCACACAACAAACACACUCUCCCCUUUCCUCCCUCUGUUUUUUUUUUUCUCUGUUUUUUCUCGCCCACCAAACAGGACCCAAUAGCUAUCGUCAAGGCAUAGAAUCAGAAACCCCGUAUUGGGUUUUGUUUGGAUGCUCGAUUUCUUGGUGAUUCAAUUCUAGUUGUUUAAUUUCUCGUCCAGAAUAUUGAAGGUGACAUGCACCAUGUGAUGAUGUUGUUGUUGGUACGUGAAUUAUAAAAAUAAAAGAAUACAACUCUGUCUCUGUAUGUUGUUUUGAGUCUCUCUCUCUUCUCUCUCUCUCUGCUCUGUGUCAGUGUCCAAUGCCAAUGAUGAGUAGCCAGGUGGUGAAGAGAGAGAGAGCAAAACUCGAAGCUUGCAUGACAUGUCCACUCUGCAAUAAAAUCUUCAGCGAGGCCACAACCAUAUCCGAAUGCCUUCAUACCUUUUGCAGGAAGUGCAUAUAUAAGAAGAUAAUAGAUGAAGAGGUGGAUUACUGUCCAAAAUGCAAGGGUGAUUUAGGGGUUUCUCCACUGGAAAAACUCAGGGCCGACAACAAUUGGGAAGAUAUAAGGGCCAAGCUCUUCCCUUCUGACAGAAAAAAGGUCAAGGCAGCUGCAGACCACAAUGUGCAAGAUAUAAUGGAAAAGACCUUCCCUUCUGAAACAAAAGAGUUUACGGCACCUGCAGACGGCAAUGUGCAAGAAAUAACGCCAAAGCUCUUUCCUUCUGAAAGAGAACAGGUUAAGGCACCCUCUGUGUCUGCAGUAACAUUGCCAGCUAAAAGAAAGGAGAGGUAUCUGUCUUCUUUGGUGAUAAGUACACCUCGAGUAUCGUCCAGCUCUGAAAUGAGUGGAAGAAGAAGGUAUCCUACAAGAAGGAGUUUUACUCUACGAGAGUCUCUUUCCAUUCAGGAGCCUGAGAAGAAAGAGGAAGAUUUCCUGGAGAGACUUAACUCAUCUGGGACUCUAAAGAAAGAUGCAGUAUACACCAGACAGAAUUCUACUGAGGGAUCAUCCAAGCAACACAUCGUUAACAAGGGUGUAGAGGACAAUGCUCAACCAGGGGAUGGGAAAGCUAAUUUGUGGAAACCAUUAAACCGCUUGGUGGAAGCUGCAAGCAAUACAAGUGCUGACAAGCUUCCUGUGCAACUUCCUGCUGCCGAAUCAGUGUUGCCUGAUAACCUCAACAAAGAAACACGUGAGAUUAAAGCCAUUCCGGAACAUGAUAACAUAUCCAAAGUCCAUGGCAAUGAAAAUGAAUCUAAUCCUGCACCAUCAGGUUCAGUGACAUUUAGGAAAGCAGCACGUGGCCAAAAAAGAAAACCAGCUGCAUCCCAGGGCCUUAAUAUUUCAGCACAGUAUGUCAUUGAUGCAAAUAAUAAACGUGAAAGAAGAUUUAGGCCAAUUUGGUUCUCGUUAAUUGCUUCCAAUCACCAGGACGGCUAUGCGCCCUUGCCACAGAUACCCUCAUGCUACUUGAGAGUCAAGGAUGGCAAUUUACCUGUUUCUUUCAUAAAAAAGUAUCUGGUAAAAAAGCUGGAGCUUACUAGCGAGGAUGAGGUGGAGAUCUCAUUGCUAGGUAAGCCGGUAAUUCCUACAUUGCAGCUGCAGAACUUGGUGGACUUGUGGUUACGGACAACACCAGCAUCACAAAUAAUACAGACCUCCCCAGGAAGCUCAGCAAAGGAAUAUGUGAUGGCCCUCACAUACGGUCGAAAAAUGCAGCUCCGGUAGACCUGUUUUGGCUGUCCUUAUAGCCGCAAUUCCCGUUAAAAGGGACUGCAGUCUCGGCUGCCUUCACUGUUUGUUGUCAGCACGCAUCUGCACUGAACAUUUCAUUUGUUUUUCCUCUUCAUCCCUGCAUGCAUUAUAUGCAUAUACUGCUUUGCGUGCAGUGUGAUGUACCCCGUACUUCAUAGUUCAUACUCUAGCAGGUUUUCUCGUUUGUAGAAUUUUCUCACAGCAAAACCACAGAUUUUGAAAAGAGAUGCUAGUUUAACUUAUAAA